CACAUCCAGACUCCAGUUCAAACCAUCUCCGGUAUCCUCCCCAUCUCGCCUCUUUUCUCGCCUCUUUCUCGCCUAUAUCACUUUUGCAAUCUUUUGACUCCCAGCAUCAUUCAGUGAAAACCACAACUCCCCUUGUCUCGCUCAGCUCUUCGACUCGUGCAUUGCAGGAGAACUUGCUACCAUGCAGCUGGUAUAGCGAUUCCAUUCGUUUUGAACGAAUAUAGCGAGCAGCAGCGGGGGCACGCAAGUCGACAACUCAUCCCAUCACCUCUCAACAACCCUUGGCAGCGCCACAGUACUAUUACUCACGAGCAAUCAGCAUAUUUUGAGGUUCGGACAUACGAGGCAAUUGACUGAAAGUCCGCGAGCGAUAGUGGACCUCUUUGAUCAUCUCGAAAUACAACCCCAACCGACCCACUAUCUCCUCGGUCAUACUCACCAGCGGUCGGACCUUGCACUCGCAUGUCCUCACAUGACCAAUGCACACUUCACAACUUUGCACUGCGAUACUGCUGAUCAUGAUGGAUGACCAUUGAUCGUCCAUUCAUAUUGAGCAAUCUAUUGGCCUUCGUCUCCCCACCGCCGCAAUAGCAAAAGGAUGUCUGUCCGAUAAUACCCACAAGCCUUGCCAUUCGUGGCACAACUAUCGUCAGGCGAAUAACUCCUCCAAGUAAAUCAGAGCGUCAGAGAAAGGAGCAGGUCGGAAUGGUUCUCGCGGGAGGUAGGCUCGGGCUGAAAAGGAAGUCGCUCCGGAGGACAGAGUUCAGGGGGGCAGUGCUUUGACUGGGUGGAAGUCGUCAAAGCAGAAAUGAGCGAUUCGCUGAUUGGGCUGGAGCUGAAAUCAUGUAGCUCCUACCCAAACCUCAGUUUGACGAAUAAGGACUGCGGGCUCUCACGCCGUCCAAGUGGUCUUGCGGCGUAUAUAAACACCCCGCUGAGAAACGCUCGUCAACUGAUUUCAUCCCCUCUUCUCAGCGUUAUUUUUCACGAUGGACAGCCACUCAUCCCGCGGCUACCCGAGCCGCCCGAGCAUCUCCACCUUCCCUUCACGAAAAUACUCUGCCGCAGCCCCUUCGGCAUCCCCAUACAGCCCCAGCGACAUGUUGCACCCCGACUGGCGGAGCGGCCGCGGGACCCCGAGCGGUUCUGGCUCUGCUGCCAGACCCCACCGUUCCCGAGCCAACUCGGGUGACAACUCUGCCUCGGACGGCAGUUCGGGGCGGAGAAGCCUAAGACAGGGGGUGACGGAGAGCCCUGUUUCGCGUAUGCCUUCGCCAAACUCGAAGGUUCAGAGAGAUUGGAUGGUGGUGAGAAGUAUGACGGACCAUUCUUAUCGACUGGAAUUGAGGCCGAGGAUGGAUUAUACGCCUGAAGAGCUGUUGUUGACCGACGUGUAUGUCUGUCGAACGGUGGAGGAUGGCAAGGAAGUAUGGCAUAACGCUUGCAAACGUACCGACGGAUUCUCACCAUCCACGUGCGACGAAGGCUACCACUCCAUCAACCCGUCGACCGACGUCGCCACCACCCCCAUCUCACUGACCGACGAAUACCCCUACGCCAUGUCCAUCCUCCCUUGGGGCCACCCCGACAUCAACUUCGACGAUGAAGUAUUCUUCCGCGACGGCGCUUCCGCCCAGGCGUUCAUUGACGCCAACGCCGUUGCCCGGGCAGAAAGUCUGGAGCGGUAUGAAAUCUGGCAAUCCCGUGCGGCGUAUAGGCGGAGUUGGCAGAGGCUCGAUGUAGAGUCACGCGCUUUCGCCGAGCUGAAAAGUCGGAUAGCAGAGCUGGACGGGCAUUGUAUUAAAGCGACCAAGGUUGUACAAGAGGCGCAUGAAAGACUGCGGGGCCAGCGCUUGACGAUGGACCAGCCCGAUACAGAGACCGAGAUCAACUUGUCGGCAGCGGGGAGCAACCUGGAUGCUGCGGAACAGUACUUGGGCGAUUUAGAGGUUGUGAGAGACAGGAUCGGGGCUCUGAAAGGAGGGAGGGAGAGUGCGACGGACAGGCUGAAGUCGAUACAUCAAGCAUCCUCCCUCGCCGUCGACAACUUCCGGACGCUCUAUAAUGGUGUCAAGUCUGAGAUCAGUAAAGCUCAGCGGACGAACUAUUCCCAAAAAAUGGCUGCGGUAAGCGUUUCGGAGGUGAGCUUUGACUUGCUGCAUGGACGACUGGAUGGGGUGAAGAAUGCCAAAGUGCAGUUGCAAACCCAGCUGGAGGAGCUAGAGCGCGAGUUGAAGCAAAAGAAGACGGAUCAGGCGUCGAUGACGAACACGGCCAGGUCGCAGGCUCUGGCGAAUAAGGACCUGGUCAAAGCGUUGAAGCGGGCGGAAGCGCGUGCGAGCAGGGCGGAGGACGAGGCGUACGAGCUGGGAGGUGGUGGAGCACAUGGUAGGAGCUCAGGAGAGUAUAGUACGCGGUACGAUAGGUGA